AUGCAGGCUUCUUGGGCCCAACAAGUCACUGACCGCUUCUUUGAUGGCCGCAUCUCGCCGUCCAAGGUACAAUGCAACGCAAUUGCACAAGUCGUUUCUGGCGCAUCGACGGUCAGCCAGGUGCACAGCCCAGGCUCCAUGAGCUACACUGUCGUAUGCAAUGGGUUCUCUGGACCACGGCAGGACCUGAUUGUAUCUUUCAGGGAGCCAGGAGCCCAUCUUGACGAGGGCAUGGUGAGACUUGCCAAGGAGAUCCACGGUGACCUGGUACCCGAGUCGACUUAUCACGGAAAUGUCGAGGGCGCUGAUCCGCCUCUAUCCAUCUACUCCAUGCCCUACCUACGAGGCUUGUGCUGUCUUGAAAUCUUGCCCUUCCAGAUUGAAAUGGACCCCGAUGAAGAAGAAAAACAUGGAGUCUUUAUCAAGCACCUGGCUCGGUACUUUGCACGAUGUUGGUCCUUUCCACAGUCGGUCGACCACCAAAUCCAAGCCGAGAAACAAGACGGAAUCCGUAAAAGACUUGCACGACUUGCGGAAGAACUACCAUCGUCCAUCUUGCCAGACUCGAUGCUGCCCAAGCUCAUUGAGGCCCUGCCUUCUCUCUUCGGUCAGGACUACCCACAGGUCCUCACACAUGGAGACUUCUCGGUGACGAAUAUUCUAGUCGACGAGAACAAGUUGGAGAUUGUAGGCAUCGUCGACUGGUCUCUGGCGGCCGUCAUGCCUUUUGGCAUGGAUUUAGACGUCCUUCUCUUGACCACGGGGUUUAUGACAACCGACGGAUGGCAUGACUACGCAUGCAAGUCGAUGCUGCAACACACCUUCUGGGAGGAAUUUUGGACCGUUUCUGGAAUUGAAGAAGAGGGUCGAGGCAGAACACGAGUUCUGGCUGAAACGGCAUGUACGAUUGGCGCACUUCUUAGGUUGGCAUUCCGGCGCAAUGCCGACGGAUCCCCAUCUGAGCAGGUUUUGAUAUCGGAGAGCAACAUGAGGCGUUUGAAGGCGUGGUUUAGCGAAUAG